UGAAAUAUGUAAACAAACAGUUUUUAUCUGACAUUUAGAUGAAAAACAUAAACCAACAGAAAAAGAAGUUGUUUUGAGCGCCACAAUAAAAAAGAAAACUAAUAAAAUAAAAGAAUUGCAAUGAAUGAUGAAAAUAAUAGCAAAGUAUACAAUCAUUAUCUGGAAUUAAGUAAACCUACCAAAGAGGAUUUAAAAAGAGUCUUCACGGAAGCCGAACUAAAAGAAUUAUGUUUAAAACACAAAUGUCGUGUGAAUAUGUGGCGAUGGAAUGUGGCCAAUGAGUAUCGUAUAGUGUUCACAGAAAGUGGACGCUAUCAAAGAUGGUCGGAACGUGAUCGUUUGCGUAUGCUGGCCAAGGCGGUGAAUAAAAUGAAACCGUCUAUUCUCUACGAUGAAGAGGAGAUACUAAAAACAAGAAAAGAAGAAUGGGCUUUUCAAUUGAAGGAGAAUAUUUUAUCAUUGGACUAUUGGCGGCGGGAGGAAUUGCGCAGUAAAAGUCCAAGACUUAGAGUAUCUGAGUCUGAGGAAUUCGAACAAGAGGAAUUAUCGCAAAUGGCUGUGAAUACAGAAUCUAUGAAUGCAAACGAAUUGUUAACAGAAAAUCCAAAUGAAAAUCAAGACUUUGAUUUAGAAGUAGAAAGAGAUAUUGAAGUUCACACAGAAUCUAUGAAUAGCAGUGAAUUGCUGACACAACAAACUCAAGUACAGAAACAGACAACAAAAAAAGUAUCUUUCAACAACAGUCUACUAAAAACACAAGUUCAGGGACAGGAAACUUAUCAAGAAAAUACUACUGCAGUCAACCGUCAAAGCGUUAUAACAGAAAAUGUUUUAAGCCAAAAAGAACUAGAUCAAGGAGUCGAAUCGCAACUUGAAGUCAAUACUGAAUCUAUGAAUGUCAACGAACUGUUGACACAAACCGAACAAGAGCAACUACAGCCUUUAGAAGAAAUGCCCGGUAUAGUACUAACACCAGCAACAUCUACCCAAAGUGAUAAUGGUGAUAUUUUAUUGGCCGACAUAGAAGACGAUGAUGAUAUAAUGGAAGACGAAGAGGACUCUGAAGAUUCUAUUGAGACGGUACAGCUCAACAGUAAUGAACGUCAAUUACACUUACAAGUUGCAAAAGGUGAAACGUUACAAUCUCAAGAAGUUGCUCCCGAAAUUGAAAAUCUUUACGAUAUUAACACUAUGUCAAUGAGCAUCGAUUCCCAAAUGGUCAGUCAAAGUCAAGAGCUGCCAUAUCAACAGUCUCAAGAUGUAAUACCGGCUAGUUAUGAUAAUUUUAAAAAUAUUAUACCCGUAACCUCGACACAGUCGCAAAGUUUAGAAUUAUCACAGGAGAUUGUAUAAUGUGUUCGGAAUAAGAAUUUAUUUAAAUACC